GUCCCAAGAGCGCUCUAUUCAGGUCUGGGGUCCUGAUUGGGAACGCCGCGUGGCUUUUGAAGGAGGUGUUGUGACCUCUCUGUUCUUCUGCUCGUCUCUGAACAUGCUGCUGUCGGCUGCAAACGAUUGUUCCAUCCGCUGCUGGAGCGUGGAAGACGGUGACGCGGUUCAGUGCGUCCACACAGAGCGGGACAACCCUCCGAUGAUCAUCGGUGGCACGAGGAAGGGAGACGCUUUCUUCUCCUUCUCUCGCCGCGGGGUCGACUUCUGGUCCAUCAGAAACUUGUACACACUCCACUGCGCACUGGAACGACGCCAAAAAGCUCCUCUGAGACAAAUCCUAGUCACCUCCUUUCCUGCUCCCUUCCCCACCAGAGUCCUGUGUGUGAGCGGCGAUGGGGACAUCUCGCUGGUUGCCGCGGAAACCGGAGCGUUGUUGACUUCUUUCAGGGCGGAGCAGAGGGUUUCGUGUGCAGACUACUGCCUGCAGAAAGAGAUCCUGUUAGCGCUGACCGAUACAGGGACGCUGCUACAAGCUAACACGCUGACCAAUCCGGUCACUUUGAUGAACGAGUGGCGGGGGAGGGGGCAGGGACCCUGGCAGCGCGAAGGCCAUGUGACUGAAGAGGACGCCCAAAAUCUGCCCGUCCCCGGCGCGGCGUGCUGCAUGGUACUCUACUGCCAUGUGAGAGAAACACAGAACGCUCUGGAGGAGUGGAGGAGUCUGCAGGACGGCAGAGGACGCAGCCAGAGGAAGAAGAAAGAUCUCCACGAUGACAAGAACAUCUUUCUGAUCGUCCUCGGACACGCCGGAGGCUGCGUGAGCGUUCUGAGGUUCAGUGACGGGAAGGUCAUGUGCAGGACGCCGGCGCACAACGGCCAGAGAGUCACCGCAACGCACGUGUACCCCGAGCACAGCUACCUCCUGACAACAGGUGAGGACUUGACCUUGGUGGUAUGGAAGGUUAACCCUUUCUUCGAGGAGUGUCUGAGCCUGCAGGUCAGUCUACACUGCGCUCUGCCUCAGGUCCACCUGGCGGCUCUCGGGCCCCGCCUGGUCCUGACCCACCACGAUCCCAGCAGUGGCACGUACAAGCUGGUCCACUUAAACCUCCUCCAGCAGAGUCCGGCUGAAGCCCCGCCCCCAGAGGGACACUCAGACCACAUCACAGGUCGGUUAAAGUCCUGUGUGUGAAUCUGUUGAUUUGUUUGUGAAUGACUCGCUGCUGUUGUGUUUUUCUCUCAGGUGUGUGUGUGUGUCCUGAUCUGGAUGUGUGUGUGUCCUGCAGUCUGGACCGGACUGUGUGUGUCUGGAACGAGCAGAAUCAACUUCUCAGGUGAGAGCUCCAAACCUCCAGCUGUUUGUCCUGA